AUGUCGGCUAAGCGGCAGAGGUCGUGUGGGAGUAAUGGGAGUUUCGAUUGUCCAACCAACGGGGCUCGAGGAGGCGAUGCGGUCCCCUUAAAUGAAGUUAUUCGACUAUUCGAGAUCAAAACCACGAUAUUAACACAAGAUGAUGAACAUAAAGAUUACCUAGCUUGCCCAUUCUGGAAGCAUGAUCCUAACCGAUAUCUGCAUGUUAAGAACUCGUGUACGGACGGCGUUGGCUUCAAGGAUAUUGGGAAAUUGACUGAGCACAUAAAAAGGGUUCAUUGCUUGUGGAAUGGAUGUGAGAGGUGCAGAAAGAGGUUUAAUAAAUAUAAAAUCACAGAAGCUGAUGAAGUGAAACGGAAGCAUAUGGAAACAUGUGAAGCACUCAAGAAAGAGCUCACAGAUGCAGAUGCCGAGUGGAUGAAUGAGGCCCAGGAUGAAAAAUACCGACUCCUCAACUUCCAGAAAGAUAAGGGUGAUUCAGAUCGAUGUUACAAGAAGAUAUGUUUUGCAUUGUGGGGAUCAAUUAAGAAUGCGAUCGAAGGGCCCUACCACUUACCUGGCUUCCAAGUCUCAGUCUUACGCUGGCAGUUCCUAGAAGCCUUGAAAUCAUUGCAAGCAGUCGAAAUCCACCAGCAGGGUGCGAUUACGCCGGCGUCGGCCCUUGCCGUCGACCCGAUGCUUCUUUCACAGCAGGCGUUGCAUGAUCUCUCCAGUGGUCCUCCUCCCUUCUAUAGAGGGCAACACAGGAAGGACUCUGGUGUGUGGUCGUGGGACCCCAGUUCAGAAAACCAGCCGAAUUAUAAUAAGCCUACAUUCGACUUAGCCCCCGAUGGUGACGAAUCGGAAGAUGAUACCCCCAUGCUAGAAGGAGGUAAUUCAAAUAUGGAUAAGGCUGGAACCUGGACGAGUUCGGCGGAAAAUUUUGGAACCGGUUAUGGUGAAUUUGAAAAGGAUGCUGAUGAGGAUCUCUUUGGAGGGUCUCCUUAA